UCGGCCGAUCGGCGUCGCUCGCUGCGGUUCGGCCGUCUGCUGCUCCGGCCUGGCGGCUUCGGACGCGUGUUUCCGGCCAUGGCGCCCGCGGGAGCCCCACGGCGCGGGAAGAUGUCUUCGGUCGGCCUGGGGGCCGAGAUUGGGGCGCGUCGGAGCUGGAGGCCCGGGCCUGCGCACACCUUUGCCGGCAGCGUUCGCGAGGGACAGGGCUUUGCAUUUCAAAGAAAAUUGAAGAUUCAGAAAAAUUACAGGAAGUUGAUAAGGAGAGAAAAGAAGGUUCAGACGUCCCAGGAAUCCCAAUUUGCUGAAAGAUACCCAGAUCAUUUGAAACACCUGUACUUAGCUGAAGAGAAAAGACUUCAAAAAGAAAGGCGACUUAAAAGAGUCGGCCAGCCUUUGCCUGAAGAACAGGGUGGUGGCACCCACCUGGCUUUAUCCGAAGAACAGUGUAGCCUUGACCAGCCACAACCUGAAGAACAACUUGAUGAAAGAGUUAGUACUAUUCCUGUUCCAAAGAAAAAGCAGAAGAAAACCUCAAAUCAAAAGGCCCACGAAGAAUAUGAACGGAUACAAGCUCUGCGUGCUGCUAAGAAACAGGAAUUUGAGAGAAGAAAACAAGAGAAAGAAGCAGCUCAGAAGCUCUACAAAAAGAAGAAAAUGGAAGUGUUUAAGAUAUUAAGCAAAAAGACUAAAAAAGGCCAGCCAAACUUGAAUUUACAAAUGGAGUACCUGCUUAAAAAAAUACAGGAAGAAAAAAAAUAAAUCAGACUUUUGUUUCAACCAGAGAUUCAUAUCUGUUGUCUGUGUGUUGUGUUCUUUUGUGUAUGUAAAACAACACCUACAACAAACUUUGUCAAGCUGAGUCAAUUAGUUGUGCUGAAAUAUAAAAUAAUCAA